AGAAUCUCUGAUGAAAAAGGGAGCGAGAAGAGAGUCCUCAGUGUCCCGGCAAACGGAGGGCCGGUGUCCUGCUACUUAUGGCACAACGGGCCGAUACCGGGCCGCGAUUUUUCGGACGGCUCCGAGAUAGAUAGUUUGUUUGAGCGAACGUUCCCUUCCUUGUACUUCUCUGAACAUGGCCCCCACAACAAUCCUGGUCGAUGCUGUCUUGUACGCAGCAUCCUCAGUCGCAGUUGUCUCUCUCAAAUCCUGUCAGGUUUGAUAUGGACGGGUCUGUCAACCACAGUUUGAUCGCAAAUGCCGCACAGCAACCGACUUGUACUCUGAAAGGACACUGCUUGAUUCUACGCCCGGGCUGUAUAACGCUUGGGGAACAUUCUGCAAAGACUACCAUCUCGGUGACGCAGCGACUGUCGUCCACGAGACUCAUGGACGGCGUCUAUACGACACUCUGAAGGAAUACUGCAAGAUCGAUGAUGAAACUAAGCUGCAAGUCCGUCAUCUCAGCGCCGCCGGGUUACCCGCCUGACCCUGACAUCGCGCUGAUACUGGAUCGUAGGCGGAAAUUGACCGUUUCGAGGAGGAGGUGAUCAAUGGCGGGCCUGUGGUUCUUCCCGGCGUCUUGUCGUUGCUUGAACAAGUAUCUGCUGUUUCCCACUGGAAGCGAGAUCUGAAUUUGACGCUGCCCCUGGCUAGUUGUCAUCAGCAAAAGAAACGGGCUGGACCAUCGUGACCUCCGCGACUAGAAACUAUGCUCCACGUGCUAUCGCACGUUGCGGAAUCCCGAUGCCGAAUGUGGGCAUUGUGACUUCCAGCGAUGUUGAGCACGGAAAGCCCCAUCCUGCUCCCUAUCUGGCCGGGGCAGCUGUAUGCGGAAUUGAGCCCACGAAAUGCAUGGUCGUCGAAGAUGCCAUUUCCGGGAUCAAGUCUGGGAAAGCCGCUGGUGCGGUGGUCCUGGGUGUUUGUACUUCCACACCGCGUGAAAUCAUCGAGGCUUCUGAUGUGGCUCCCGACUACAUCGUUAGCGAUCUCUCCAAGGUGACUGCGCGCUGUGUCGAUGGGCGGAUUGAAGUCACUAUCCAUGAUUAAUGGGGGCAGAAAUAGCAGUGUAAGUAUCAUGAAUAUUUUGGUCUCAACAAUCACCCCUUGCCGCACCGAGACCCGAAACGCCCAGCUCAUGUACGUACUACUACUGCACACGGAUCUUGCACAGCAGCCAGCACGCCGUUGCCCUUGCCAACACUUGGGGGACGCGACCGCUGGCAUCAUUUGCAUCAGAUCAUUCCGGCGGUGUUUCAUUCCUUUUUGGGUUCAAUGAUCAUAUAUAAACCUGGUUGAGGCAAUCGUUUCGAUGGUUCACCUUCCUUUGCCCUCUUUCUUUCUUGCACGAUUCGAGAUCGUUCUGCUUUUUUCUUCUUCUAACUAUUGACCUGGUGUCUUUUCCUUCGACCAACUCUACAUUCCUUUCAUCUCACAACAAUGCGUUCCACCUUCGUCGCCCUUGUUUUCGCAUCUGCUGCCCUUGCCCGCCCUGCUCGUCUCGACCGUCGCGUCGAUGCUAAAGCAAAUGGAGAAGCUGCUAUUGCCUUGAACGCAAAGUUCGCUACCCUGACUGCAAGCAGCCCUUGCACGGAGGGUGAAGAUGCCUGUGUGACGGGCCAGUUCGCGCAGUGUGUCGGCGGGAAGUUCGUUCUCCAGCCUUGUGCCGCGACCACCCAGUGCUUUGCCCUUCCUCUGGUCAACUCUGCUGGAACAUCCAUUACUUGCGACACCCAGGCCGAUUUCGAUGCCCGUAUCGCUGCAACGGGUGCUUCGGCGGGUGCGGCGGCCCCUCCCCCUCCCCCGGCUAGCACGGCGGCUGCUCCUCCUCCUCCCGCAACCACAACGGCGGCUGCUCCUCCCGCCGUCACCUCGGCCACGGAUAACUCUGCUGCUGGUGGGAUCCAGGCUUCGCUCACUCUCGACCCGUCCGUUGUCUGCACGAACUGCACGCAGAAUGGCCAGAACCCGCCUGUGGCCGGGCAGACUGCCUCAGACACCAGCCCCAACAACUUCAUCAACUUCUGUGCCGCGACCAUCUCGAACCUGCCCAUCACCAACGGAAAGCAAGUGACCACCGGGUCGUGCAACCCGAUCCCGAUGGGCCAGAUCCCGGCCAAGGACAAGAUGCCGUCCGCCAAGUUCGUCUUCCCGCCGAACCAGGGCACGGUCACCGCCAACCAGGCAUUCAACGUCCAGCUCGCGCUGAAGAACAUCCAGACCGGUGUCUUCACCAACGCCGCGUUCACCUACUUCAUGGCGCCCCAGAAGCUGAAUGCGCAGGGCCAGAUCAUCGGCCACACCCACGUCGUGAUUGAGGCCCUGUCCGCGCUCGGCCAGACCACCCCGACUGACCCGACCAAGUUCGUGUUCUUCAAGGGUAUCGAUGCCCCGGCCGACGCCAACGGCAUUGCCACCGCCGCCGUCACCGCCGGUGUCCCCGCUGGUUCUUACCGCAUCUGCUCCAUCAACACCUCUGCCAACCACGUUCCGGCCAUUGUCCCGAUUGCCCAGCACGGUAUGCUUGAUGACUGUGCCUACUUCACCUCGGCCUAAGCUUGUUGUUGUGUUAUGAUUGUCAUGAUAUUGUAUUACCGUUGUCGUAGGACGUAAUGAGAAGAAAUAAAGCCCACUCGUUUCUGCAGAUCGU